ACGUUCAGACCGCCGAGGAGAAAAGUUCAAAUCAAAAGACUCGUCAAUAUAAAUAUUGUGAAAAACCGUGCAUCUAAAAGCGUUAAAACUAUCGAAACCGACAUCAGUGACAAAUUGAAACACUUCUUUCGGAACAACCAGUGCAAAAUCAAUAAAUAAAAAUGCCAAAAGUUCGCAGAAGUCGCAAAUCUCCACCGGACGGAUGGGACCUGAUCGAACCAACACUGGAGGAAUUGGAACAAAAAAUGAGAGAAGCCGAAACCGAUUCUCACGAUGGCAAACGGAUCAGCGAAUCACUGUGGCCAAUAUUCAAAAUUCAUCAUCAAAGGUCGCGCUACAUUUACGAUCUGUACUUUCGCCGGAAGGCAAUCAGUCGCGAACUGUAUGAUUAUUGUGUACGCGAACGAAUAGCCGAUGCUAAUUUAAUAGCAAAAUGGAAAAAGUCUGGCUAUGAGAAGCUGUGUUGUUUGCGUUGCAUACAGACGAGAGACACGAACUUCGGAACGAAUUGCAUUUGCCGCGUACCUAAAUCUAAACUGGACGAAGGCAGAGUGGUCGAAUGCGUGCAUUGUGGAUGCCGUGGGUGCUCCGGGUAGGCAGUGGUUGUGAUAUGAAAAGAUAUUUUUUGAAGACUCAGUUUCUUUGUAUUGGUUGGAUAAAGAGAGAACGAAGACUGUAAACUCAAAUUCGGUCGACUUUAAUCUAAUUUUUGAAUCAAUAAGAACAUUGUUUUCCUCUACAGAUAAUGUAUAGUUUCGUAUAACGAUAAGAUUUUGUUAAUAAAUUGAUUGAUUGUAGAAAUAACA